AUGUUCCACGUACUCUCAUUUUUAUAUCUAGUGGCUCAUAUUGGCAUCUUGGUUACUGCUACCCCUAUUGUGGGUUUACCAUUCAACGAGCAGCUACCUGAUGUGGCCCGCGUUGGCGAGGACUAUUAUUUCGCCUUGAAUAGUGAUACAAUUGAGUCAGAUAACACUGGGGAGUCUGUUACAUACUCUGCCAGCGGUUUGCCGUCUUGGCUGACAUUCGAUGCCACCUCUUUGGUGUUUACGGGCACUGCAGAGAAUGCCACAAACAUCACUUUCACUAUCACAGGUACUGAUUCUACCGGUUCGGUAGAUGAGGAGUGUCAGCUUGUUGUCUCUGAAGAUGCUGGCCCAAGACUAACCUCCGAGACAUCUCUCUAUGAGCAGUUGGCUCAAUCAGGAAAUACCAAUGGUUAUGACGGUAUUGUUCUCCAACCCAAUGAGGAUUUCAGUAUCAAGUUCGAUAACGACACUUUUGAGAUGGGCUCUGGCUCCGGUGGUAGUAUUGUUUCAUAUUACGGUAGAUCUGCCAAUAGAACUUCUCUUCCUAUUUGGUGCCAGUUCGACGACGAUACUCUAACAUUCUCCGGUACCGCUCCGACAGUUAAUGCUGUUGAUGCUCCAAGUCAGGAGUUUGAUCUUGUUCUCAUUGCGACUGACUAUAUUGGUUAUACUGGUGCUUAUGGUGCCUUCCAUAUCGUGGUUGGUGGUCACUACCUAAUUUCCAAGGUUGAAUCUCCUAUCAUAAUCAAUGCCACUGCCGGUAAAGAGAUAUCUCAAGAGAUUCCCAUCGAUUCCGUUUAUUUGGAUGGUCAACAAAUUUCUUCAACUAAUAUUUCUUCCGUUGAUUUGUAUGAAGGCCCUAGCUGGGUCUCUAUUUCUGAUAAUGAUACUUUGGCUGGUACAGUUCCCGAUGAUAUUCUAUCAAAUACUUCGUUGAAUGUUACGGUUACCGACAUAUAUGGAGAUUCUAUAUUUAUCUCCUUUGAUGUUGACGUCCUCGAUCAGGUGUUCGCAAUCGGCACUUUCCCAGAAGUUAAUGCGACUAGAGGAGAAUUCUUCAAAUAUACCAUUGAUAGUGACGAUUUGAUGCAUGCAAAUUCCACUAACCUUACCGCCACGUACGAAGAUGCCAACUGGUUAAAUUUCUACUAUUCCAACAAUACUUUCAACGGUUGGGUUCCUAAAGAUUUUGAAUCAGUUGACGUUACCGUGAAUGGAACUCUGGGAGAUUUGACCGAUUCCAGAGAGUUCACUAUUGAAGGAAUUGGCCCUGUGAAUAAAUUUCCAACCAACGAUACGUUGAGUAAUGAUGGUGGUGCCGCUGCCGGAUUGGUUGAAGAGAACAUGCUAAAACUUGACGGCGGUUCGGCUUCAUCGGUUUCUUCAUCUGCCACCGAUGUGGAUAGUGAUGGAGAAAAACAAGGGCAGAUGCACACACCGUAUGGCGUGAUAACAGGUGAUGGAAGCAAUAAUAACAGUUCAGAUUCCAAGGGGGCAGUUAGAAAUUCUUGGAGAAAGAACUCUACGAGGUCAAAAUCCAAUUGGAAGCCAAGAGAUUCGUUAACAUCUCUCGCCACUGUUACUACUAAUGAUCUAUUGACAAUGAACGUUGUCGAUGAUCCAAGCUUACAAAGAAGAUCACAGAUGAAUUUACUUCUUCGGCAUAAUAGUAAUGCCCUUAGCAACAACAAUCUAAGCAACACAAAACUGAUACCAAGCUAUAGAAACAGUCGUGUGGCUAGCAUUGCUAAUCGUGAUAGUGGCAGUAUCAAACACAAUAAAAACAACAACAGCACCAACAUUGGGAGGAACAAUAGUUCAGAUUACUUCAGCUCAGAACCUUCGUCAAAUAUAGAACUUCUUGAUUCGAAUAGUUCAGCUUCAAACUCGAAGAAUAACAUUACUUCUUUCGGUGAUAAGAACACGCACUCAGAACAGAAGUUGGCUCCAAUUAGAGAUUUUUCAGGGAACUCAGGCUCCACAGGGUCGGCAAAGUUGAUGGAUUUUCAAGAUAGGGCGUCGAUAGAAAAGACCAGUGCUACUCCGUUAAACACUGACAACAGAUCGUACCACGGUGUGAUUGAGUGA